UGUGGAGCAGAACUCAGGCAAGGCUGCUCCGGCUAUGGAUAGUGCAGCGGUUACGAACCUGCGUUCUGUGUUCCACCGAGUCCAACUAGCAGCCGAGAGAUCAGGGCGGAAGGCGGAUCAGAUCAGAGUGGUGGCUGCCAGCAAGACCAAACCUGUUUCUCUCAUCCGCCAAGUCUACGACGCUGGUCAUUGCUGCUUCGGCGAAAACUAUGUCCAGGAGAUCGUCGAAAAAGCACCACAGCUUCCAGAUGAUAUCGAAUGGCGUUUCAUCGGGCACUUGCAGAGCAACAAAGUUAAAAUGCUUCUCUCGUCUGUUCCAAAUCUGGCCAUGGUUGAGACUGUAGAUGAUGAGAAGAUUGCAAAUUAUCUUGAUCGGGGAGUUGCAAACAUUGGAAGAAAGCCUCUCAAGGUUAUGGUCCAAGUAAAUUCCAGUGGAGAAGAAUCAAAAUAUGGAGUUGAACCAUCAGGGUGUGCAGAACUUGCAAAGCAUAUUAAGCUUGGAUGCCCAAACCUUGAGUUUUCUGGAUUAAUGACAAUAGGGAUGCUGGAUUACACAUCAACUCCAGAGAAUUUCAAAACAAUGUUAAACUGUAGGCUUGAAGUUUGCAAAGCACUUGGAAUAGCAGAGGAGAGCUGUGAGCUAUCAAUGGGGAUGUCUGGUGACUUUGAGCAAGCGAUUGAAAUGGGCAGUAACAAUGUGAGAGUUGGUUCAGCCAUAUUUGGACCUAGGGAGUAUACCAAGAAGUAGGCCAACUAGAAAUCUUCAGGUUCUCGGCUUCUUCUAAGCUUUUAAUUCGAUGUGGUAUCUUCUUAAGUUGUCAGUUUGUUGAUCCUUCUAUCGCAUCUCAUGGGCAAGCUGGAGGAGAGAAAAUGUUUGUGUAUUUGGUAACUCCCAGUAUUGAUGUUUAUGAUCUCUCUUUAUUUAUACUGUAUGACUGUAAUCCACAGCUUGAAUUA